CAGAUCUCCUACAGUUUGGUUGUGUUUCGGUAGAGCAAAAUGGUACUUCGUUUUUUCAAAAUGAUUUUGAUCAACCAGUGUGUGUUAAUCAGCACAGCGUUUUCUCUGUGGACUAUUACCUCCUUUUUGUGUCAUCAUAUUGCAAAAGAGUUUUUGAUCCAAAGCGGGCCGACUCUUACAGGAGUGUGUAUCAUAUCAUUUUGCCAGUUGUUAUUUUGUGUCUCGUGUCUGGAGAUUACAGCAGAAGACAACCAUGAAAGCAUCCACCAAAAGGGAAACUUGAAACAUUUUAAACUUAUAUGUGGUGUAAGCCACGUGGUCGCUACACUUUCCACCAAUUACAGCAUGUCUCUGAUUCGCGCUUCCUCAACCUUUGCCAUUAAGAUGCUGGAACCAGUCACAAGCGCUCUUGUUCAGUGGGUUGUGUUUGCUGUUACCCCUUCAGUGUCAACAGUUCUCAGCCUCCCCAUCAUCGUCACCGGAGCCGUCAUCUUCACGGGAAAUCCAUUUCAAGACGCCAUCUUGUCUCGAGGUUUAAUCUGGGCUCUGGUUUCUAAUCUGGCACUGGCGUUCAGAAAUAUUGCCAUGAAGAAACUCUUCGAUGUGAAGAUGCAGAUUGUUCCACGUUCUGUUCAAUCUAUUCUCUCUGUGAACGCUGUGGCUUUGGUAGGAUUAGUCAUAUUGGCGAAGACACCCAAUGGCUUGGACGUUGCACCUUUGUACAUUUUAUCCCUAAUAUCCGCCAUCUUCCAUGUAUUGUACUCCUACCUAUCAGUAGCCCUGGUGCUCAAAACACUGUCUGUUGUCACCCAUGCUCUCCUCAACAUCUUCAAGCGGGUGUGUGUCGUAGUAUUGCUGUGUAUAGCUGGGAAAGGGGUUCUGAACAUUGAGAACAUAUCCGGCCUACUGCUAUCCUUCAUUGGUCUGAUCAUCUAUACAUUACAGAAAACUCAACUGCAUAUGUCAACGAUUAUUGGCGGAGUAAGAGAGCCAGACAUGGCUUUUGAGAUAGGUAGUGUGGAGAGAUUCGUGAGCCCAACAUUUGACAUUUUGUGGAUGAGGCGGAGUGAUGAUGAGAGCACCAAAUACCAAAUGCCAUAUAUUCCCCAUCAGCUAUCCUAUCAUGUGGCAGAUUGGCUGAGUUGGCCGACCCCAAAAUCUCCUGCCAUGGAGUAUGCCUUUCACAUUGCCACCAACGGCAUGUUGUUCCUGCAGCGAGGACGAGUGGUCAUCACUGACCGCCUACACGGACACAUCCUGUCCACCCUGCUGGGCAUCCCUCACGUGAUACUGGACAACAACUACCACAAGGUGUCCAGCUAUCAUCUCAACAGUGCAGGGCUGUAG